AUGGGGAGUUGCUUGAGCAAUCAGAUAAAGGCUGAGAGCUCUUCUCAAACAGGCAUGGGUUCGUCUAAAAUGGCGAGUCGAGACGAGGCGGAUUUAAGUAACUUGAGCCUCAAGACAUCCUCCGUGCCUCCGACUCCCAGAACAGAAGAUGACAUUUUGCAGUCUCCCAACCUUAAAAGCUUCACCUUGAGCGAUCUUAAAUUAGCCACCAAAAAUUUCCGCUCGGACAGCGUCUUAGGAGAGGGAGGUUUCGGCUCGGUUUACAAAGGGUGGUUGGACGAAAAUACCCUUGCGGCUUCGCGGCCCGGUUUGAGUAUGGUUGUGGCCGUUAAAAAGCUGAACCAGGACGGGUGGCAAGGGCACAAAGAAUGGCUGGCUGAGAUCAACUAUCUUGGGCAAAUUCGUCACCCGAAUCUUGUGAAGUUAAUCGGCUACUGUUUGGAGGAUGAACACAGGCUUUUGGUGUACGAGUUCAUGUCAAAGGGUAGCUUGGAUAAUCAUCUAUUCAGGAGAGGAUCGUACUUUCAGCCACUCCCAUGGAGCUUGAGAAUGAAGAUUGCUCUUGAUGCUGCAAGAGGGCUCGCUUUUCUCCACAGUGAUGAAAUAAAAGUGAUAUACAGAGACUUCAAGACUGCUAAUAUCCUACUUGAUUCGCACUACAGUGCGAAACUUUCUGAUUUCGGGCUCGCCAGGGAUGGGCCCGCUGAUGAUAAAAGUCAUGUCUCGACUCGGGUUAUGGGAACUUACGGUUAUGCGGCUCCUGAAUACUUAUCCACAGGCGAACAAAAUCUUGUCGACUGGGCCAAACCUUACCUGACCAACAAACGAAGGAUUAUCCGGGUCAUGGAUACCCGGCUUGAGGGCCAAUAUUCACUGGGUCGGGCUGUGAAGGCUGUGGGCCUUGCUCUCCAGUGCUUGUCCACAGACGCCCGGUUGAGGCCCAUUAUGAAUGAGGUGGUGAAAGCCUUGGAGGAGCUUCAAGAUUCGCAAAACGAGAAAAAGGAAAAACGGAUAAAUCGACAUAAUAAUAACCAGUCGAAGGAAGCACGUAAACACAAGGCUUAUCCUAGGCCUGCGGCUAUCGUUCUUUAG